UAUAAUGUCUACCUCCUUGACGCACAUGCUUGGUUAACAACAUCCCCCCGCCGUCGUUGCUGCUUGCGUUGUCGCUUCUCCCUUGCCAGUUGAAUCAUGUCUUGGGCAAACGUCGAUCCAAAUGAGACAGACUCGUGUUCUUUCUUCGGGAGGACAAAAUUCUCAUCCAUGCCACUCGGGUCUACAAUCGCCAGUACAUCAAGCUCUGACAUGGAAUCUUCUUCGGCGAUCAGUAAGCGAUUCACUGGGGGUGGCGAUAUGCUGGGUUUGGGAGGCAUUAUAGCUCCACUUUCUCGCCAAUCUUUAAUCGCCCAAUGUAAGUUGAGUGUGCCGGUGGAUAUCAAAUCGUUGACAGUCUUGCAGGUGCUGUCAAGUUUACUUGCCGACUCUACAACCACCUUUUUGUGCCCUUCAACUGCUUGGACAAGCUUUUUAUUCUACCCCAAAGACCAAUUAGUAGUUGGCUGCAUGGUGCAGUCGAUUGUUGGAGGGCUUUCCACACCUCCACCAGCAAUUCCUUUGUCGUUUUCGUCAAGAGCUGCACUUUCUUCAUGAUAGCCUUGUAUUCUUUGGAUUCGAUAGUAUGGCGAUGCUCAAGUUUCCAAAUUCGUGCACUUAUUGCUCGAAGUUCGGACUCCCGCUUCGCCGUGGCCUGUGCUUUCGCUUGGUGUCUGGCCUCCUUAGCUUGUAAUUGUACGGCUUGCUCUGCUCGCUCCGCCACCUGAGUUGCAGCAAGCUGUCUUUGCUUUUCCAGUUUGCGACUGAGCUUAGCAUCUUCCACUUUUUGCUUGAGUUUCGCCUUCUCAGCCUUUCGAGCUUGGUGCUGAAUUUCUUUUUCACGUUGUACUUCCAGCUUGGCUUGUCGUCGACGAAGUUUCUCAGCUUGCUCAUUCUGUCUCUGCUGUUCUUUGGCGUCGCGACGUUCUCGCUUUUCUCGCUCCAGCUCGUCAAUCUUUCGCUUUUUCAACGAUUUUUUCACCUCUUUUUCUUGAGCUUCUUUUUGCUUGUCUUGAAGGAGUGAUUGAACGGUCUCUAUGAGCUGAUGAUGUCGCUCGGGGUCAAUUGGCCCUUUUGCUGACGUUGAAUAGUUCUCGUCUCUUGAAGUUUGAGAACCACGACGCAACUCCGCCGACUCCACUAGCAUUCUGGAAUACCUGCUUUGUAACAGGGUUGGAAGUGGAAGCACAGCCUACGCAGAAAAGAU